AGAAACGAGUGCUUACUUCAGCUGUGAUUGCUGUCGAGUGAGAUGACGAUAAUUACCGACGAAGGAGUGGAUCUAACCGAAGAUGAAGCAAAGCUGUAUGAUCGCCAGAUUCGACUUUGGGGCUGGGAUGCCCAAAAACGGCUGAGGGGCUCGAAGAUUUUGGUGUACGGAAUGAGUGGCUUAGGUGCAGAAGUCGUGAAAAACGUCGUCUUGGCAGGAGUGAAGUCCAUGACUGUGAUGGACCCUGAAAUAACGACUGCUGAAAACUCGUACACGAACUUUUUUCUGCCUGUCGAGAAAAUUGGGGAAAAUAGAGCAUCAGCAGCAGUAAACGCCAUCAAGGCCCUGAAUCCGUCAGUGGAGGUUCUCGCAGAGACGGACAAGUUGGAGAGCAAAAAUGACUCCUUUUUCGACCAGUUCGAUGCAGUUUGUCUGGUAGGGGCAUCACAGAAGCAGAUCAUACGUGUCAACGACAUUUGCGCUGCCCUGCACAAGAAGUUCUUUUGCGCCGACGUUUUUGGCUUCUACGGAUAUGUCUUCACGGACUUGGGUGUACAUAAAUACACGGAGGAAGUGGAAGUGUCGCAGCCUUCCGACCCAAAAAAGCCAAAACUGGAUACUGUUACUAAAACGUUCAUGAAAACAAGAGCAUUUGUCCCAUUCAAAGACACUUUGGAUCUCGUCUGGACCGAAGGUGACUUCAAAGGUCGUGUUAAGAAAGUGGAUGUCACUCUUUUCAUCAUCCAAGCCUUGAUGGCAUUCGUGGACGCGAAAGGAAGACUUCCAUCUGUCGAUACUCUGGAGGCGGACAAGAAGUCUCUAACUGAACUAACGGAAUCGAUUCUUGAAAAAGGCAAUGUGCCUAAAGACAAGCUGCCCCUGGAUUUCGUUGAUAAUGUAUUCGGAUGCUUGAUGCCAGUUUGUGCGAUUGUUGGCGGAGUCUUGGGUCAAGAGAUCAUUAAAGCCUGUUCGCACAAAGAUCCACCGUUCAACAACACAUUUUUGUAUGAUGGCAUUAACUCGUCUGGAACUGUCCAAUGUCUCAAAAAAUGAUCUGC